AUUUCGAAAUUCCCGAAUUCUGAUCAGAAAAUUCUAUAAAGGGAUAAAGAUGGCAGGUGGACAGACGAUACAUGUGUUAUGGACCUUUAUUCUGAUGAUGAUAAUUUUGGCGGGAAUAGUGAAUUCUGCAACUUACAGAUCUCGCAGGACUUACGUCUCCACUGGACUAGAUACAUGGAUGAUUGUUAUGAUUGUUGUCAGUUGUUUGUCAAUGCUAGCUGUUCCAUUUGUAAUAAUCUUAUGUAUAAAAUGUGGAUGCUGUAAAGUAAAACAAAGAACCUUCCCGGUUCAAAUAGCUGUACCAACUGGACAGCAGUAUGGACAGCCAGGGGCAACAAUGUAUGGUCAGCCUCAAAGCGGAAUGCCUCCACAGUACGGGCAACCACUUCAGUACGGACAACCAUCUCAGUACGGACAAACAAAUCCAUUCGGACAACAAAGUUCAUACGGACAACCAACCGGUUUUGGACAGCAGAGUGCCUUUGGGCAACCAGACGAAAAUCAGUUUUCCUACAGAACUCAAAAAUACUAAACAAAUGUUCACGUUAGUUAAUGUUAUUUUGAGAAUAAAUUGAUGUUAAUAU